CAUUACUAGUAGUGUUUUGGGUUGUGCUUGUCAGCAGUCAGCUUGUGCCAUUUCCAAUACAACAAAAUAGAUUUCGGUUUCGCACUUCUCGCAGUAAUCUACAAAUAACCAAUUUUCAGACAUGGGUCGCCGAAAAUCGAAAAGAAAGCCUCCGCCAAAGAGAAAAGCUAUUGAGCCAUUGGAUCAACAGUUCAAUUGCCCAUUUUGCAAUCACGAGAAGUCGUGUGAGGUAAAAAUGGAUCGAGCCAGGAACACGGCUCGGAUACAAUGUCGAGUUUGUUUAGAAGACUUCCAGACUACUACAAACGUGUUAUCCGAGCCCAUUGAUGUUUACAAUGACUGGGUGGAUGCUUGUGAGAGCGCCAAUUAGUUUUAUGCCAUUGGUUAUCUUAAGUUAUAAAUAUUUUUAAUCUCACCAAUGUUUUUGGUCUACUAGACAUUUCAAGCUUAAUUUUAUGUGACCAGUAUCUAUAUACAUUUAAUUUUAUAUGUAAAUGCAUAUUUUUACUUUGUGAAAUAUGACGUGGAUAAUACUGUAAUGUAACAUCAACGGUAUGGAAAUAAAUUCUGAAAGAACAA